GGCACAUCCACUGUGAGGACGUGUUUGGCAUCGUGGGAGAAAAUUUUACUUUUCCAGUAAAAAUAAACCAAAACAUAGUGGAAAUUAUUUGGACAAAAAACAAGGAUAAAGUGGCUGAAUGGGAAGGGCAGAACAAAUCAACAUAUUUUAAUUCUCUCCGUAACAGAGGCUUGCUUAACGAGGAGAAUGGGCACUUGACUAUAUUUGACUUGGAGAACAAUGAUACUGGCACAUACAUGUUACAGUAUGUGGAUUCUGUGAGAAAAAGUCAUGCCUUAACCUUCAUACUUGCUGUGUUAGCUUCCCCUCCAGAACCUGAAAUAAGUUGCAACAUCAGUGGUGAUGACCUGGUGUUAAAAUGUACAGCUGAUUUCCAGAAGCCUCUGAAUUACACUUGGAAGUUCAGUAGCAUACCAGUCGCUUAUCAGACCCAGGAAGUUUUAGUCCCCAAGAACAGUGUUGAUGCUUCUGAGAAAGCUACAUGUUUCAUUAAAUUCUCUCAAACGGAAAACAGCUCUGAAAUCUCUUUGUCUCAAUGCUUUCCUGAUAAAGAAGGUGACAGCUAUCUCAAAAGAAGUAGAGGUGGUCUUAUUGCAGCUUUUGUUUCCUUGAUAGUUGUAGGAGUACUAGGAUACCUGUACAGUAGAGGUAGAACUAAAUGUGGAACACGAAGAGCUACUCAGAAGAACAGUCCAGUGCGUGGCUCAGGAGAACAUCAGCUACUUUGCUCUGUGGACAGCCAAGAACAGCCUAACUCAGAGACCAUGGUGGUCCUGAGAUUCUUUAAUGUCUGCAAAGAGAAAGGAUUUAAAGUCACAAUGUACCACAUAGACGAAGUAAAGAAAGGAGACAAAGAAUUGAAGGAGGAGGACAGUGCCCUGAAGGACAAGCAGACAGUUAACAACGGUGUCAGUCAGGAAGAACUCUCUGCCAUGCAGAACAGCACCCUGAUGAUUGAUGAUGGUGUAACUGAGGAAGGCAUCUUUAAAAAGGAGAACAGCAGCUUGGUGGCCAAGCAUGCAGAUGACCAUGGUGUAAAAGGAGGAGAAGUGACCCAGGAUGCAGAAGAUGCUACUGAGGAGCACCUGAGCAACUCUCCCAGCUGCAGUAAAGAAGGUCG